AUGCCUGAUUGCCUGCCCCUCGGAGAAUUUUGCCCAAACGUCCCUUUUUCCUGCGGCACAAACACACAUACGCGUAAUCGUUUGACUUUCGUGGACCACAACGCUUACUACUACUACUACUACUACUACUACUACUACUACUACUACUACUACUACUACUACUACUACUACUACUACUACUACUACUACUACUACUACUACUACUACUACUACUACUACUACUACUACCACUACUACUACUACUACUACUACUACUACUACUACCACCACUACUACUACUACUACUACUACCACCACUACUACUACUACUACUACUCCAAGAGGGCGCACGCAAAUUUGUCUGUGGUGAAGCAGAAUUGCACUACAUCCACAUAA